CUGGGACACGGGCAGGGUGCGGUCCUGGCGGUUCCCGGUCCCGGAUCUCUUCAAUUUCCCCUCUCACUCCUGCCCGGGGAGCGGAGGCAGCGGCGGCUCCGGCUCCGGCUCCAGCCUCGCCGCGCUGACCGCCGGGGCGCAAACCGCGGGGACUCCGGCAGCCCCGAGCCCCGCGCCCCGCGCCCCGCAAGCGGCCGCUCGCCUGCCAAAACAAACGGCCCUUCGCUAUUUAUUGCCGCCGCCGGGCCACGGCAGCUCAGAGCGGGCCGACACCGGCCCGCCGCACCAGGCAGCCGGAGCGCACCCGCACCGGGCAGCCGCCGCGCUUCGCCGCCACCGGCACCGGCACCGCACCGGCAGCGGCACCAACACCUGCCCGCCGGCUGCGCGCUGCAUGGGGAGCCCCGGGGCGGGCGGCGGGAGCGGCGGCCGAGCCUAGCGGGGCCCCCGGAGCCGCCGGUCCCCCGGGCCGCCCCGGGGCCGCCGGGCGCGCCAUGAAGCCGGCGCGGCUGCUGCUGCUGCUGAGCGGGUGCGCGCUGCUUCUGGCGCCGGCCGUGCGAGGCUGCGGGCCGGGCAGGGUGGUGGGCAGCCGCCGCCGCCCGCCCCGCAAGCUCAUCCCGCUCGCCUACAAGCAGUUCAGCCCCAACGUCCCCGAGAAGACUCUUGGUGCCAGCGGCCGCUACGAGGGCAAGAUCGCGCGUAACUCGGAGCGCUUCAAGGAGCUCACGCCCAACUACAACCCAGACAUCAUCUUCAAGGACGAGGAGAACACCGGCGCCGAUCGGCUGAUGACCCAGCGCUGCAAGGACCGCUUGAACUCCCUGGCCAUCUCUGUCAUGAAUCAGUGGCCAGGGGUGAAGCUGCGGGUGACGGAGGGCUGGGACGAGGAUGGGCACCACUCGGAGGAGUCACUGCAUUACGAGGGCCGAGCUGUGGAUAUCACAACGUCGGACCGGGACCGCAACAAGUAUGGCAUGCUGGCUCGCCUGGCCGUGGAGGCUGGCUUCGACUGGGUCUACUAUGAGUCCAAGGCACACAUCCACUGCUCUGUCAAGUCAGAGCACUCAGCCGCUGCGAAGACAGGGGGCUGCUUCCCUGGGCGGGCGCUGGCGACGCUGGAGGACGGUGCCCGGACACCCCUUUGGGCACUGCGCCCAGGCCAGCGGGUGCUGGCGAUGGACGGGGCAGGCAGGCCCACCUACAGCGACUUCUUGACAUUCCUGGACAAGGAGCCCCGUGCUCUCACCUCCUUUCACAUCAUCGAGACGCGGGAGCCACCCCGGCGCCUGGCCCUAACGCCCACCCACCUGCUCUUCGUGGCCGAGAACGCCUCAGCGCCCGCUGCCCACUUUCGCCCCACCUUUGCCAGCCGCGUGCGUCCUGGACAUUUUGUGCUGGUGGUGGUGGGGGGAGGUGGCUUGCAGCCCGCCGAGGUGGUGGGGGUGCGGGACCGGAGGGACGUGGGAGUCUAUGCCCCACUGACACGCCACGGGACGCUGGUGGUGGAUGGCGUGGUGGCCUCAUGCUUCGCCCUGGUGCAGGAGCAACAUCUGGCACAGCUAGCCUUCUGGCCGCUCCGGCUUUACCACAGCCUGGUGGGGUGGCCAGGGGUGCAGGGGGAUGGUGUGCACUGGUACUCAGGGCUUCUCUACCACCUGGGGAGGCUGCUCCUGCCCCCUGACAGCUUCCACCCACUGGGGGUACCCCAGGCAGAGAGCUGAGGGUGCACCCCAGCCACAGACAGUGCUGUUGGUGGAGGUGGUGGCUGCAGGGCAACUCACGGGGGCCAGAACCCCCUCCCAAAGCUGGAUGUCCAUGGGAAGCUGCCUCCAGCCCUACCUGCUUGGGACACAGCCACCUCGUGGUUGGGGGGCACUGGAGCUACCCACUGUGCUUCCUCCAUGCUCACUGAUCAUUCCUCACCCCCUGUUCCUGGGGGUAGGCGGGAGGCACAAAGGUUCCCCCCAGACAUGGGGGUCCCCCCAGCUGGAUCCACAUGCUGCUAUUUGUGUGUGUGCGUGUGAUGUGUGCGUGUGUGUGCAGAAUUAGCUAAUGACAGAGGUCUGAUAGAUGAGGUGGAGUGGGAAGAGAGCCCCUGGCUGUAGGCUGCUCCUGCAGGUCUCCCAGCCUGCCUGCACCCUGCAGUGAGGCUUUGGCAGCAGGGCCCCAGGAUCAUUUGCUGGGCAGCAUGCAUGGGAGGGUGGGCAAUGCUAUUUCUGCCCCUAGGACAUGGCAGCUGUGUGGUGGGUGGCCCAGAUACUGGGCCUGUGCUUUCCCUUAGCCCUGACAGCCACUGCAGGGGGGCACCCCAAACCAGUCUCUGUAUGCCUGGAAUGCCCAAGCACCAGCCAGGCUGGAGGGGCUGGCACGGCUCUGGCGUGAGUCCUGUGAUUUGGUGACAUGAGGGCUGCUGGAGUGAGAGACUGCGAGUGAGACCUCAAGCUCUGCCCUAAGCCACCACCAUAGCCACUCAGCUAGAUAUGCCCAUGGGGAUGUUGUGACCACACAGGGGGUUCUGGGUGGAAAGAGGGGGCUGCAGAACCAAGCAUGUGGGCAGGAGGAUGUGAGUGCCAGACAGUCAUGGACACACACUCGUGUGAGCAGGGGUAGGGAAAGCCAAGGCUGCAGCCCCAGCCUGUCAGAGCCAGGGGAAGGAAAGUGGAUGGGGAGAAAGUGCUCCCUGCCUUGCCUUCCUGGCAUCCCACCCUCAGCUGGUUCAGCACAAAGCCAUGCCUUUCCCACCCUAAAGCUAAAAAUCUCCCCAAACUCCAGAUCCUGCCUGUCCUGACCUCCCUGACCCCCCAGCACCCCGAACCCUCAGGGUAACUCAUUGCUGCUCACCUGCUCCUGGGACCUGGGGCGGGAGUCCCAUGAGAGCUGCAGCCAUGAUCCCCCCCACAAAACCCUAGCUAGAGCCUCAGCCUCCCCUGGUUCCUUGCUAGCAGAGGUGAGGGGGCUGGGGCGGGCUGUGACCUGCAUGCCCCCCUGCAGCAUCACACAUCUUUAUUUAUUUAUCUGCUCGUUGUAUGUACCAUAGAUGGGAGGCAGCAUGGCCACAUGCAGGGUGAGGGGGGAGAAAGCUGGUUGGUUGGGGGGGUGAUUUUAUUUUUUUUUUUAACAAAAAGCAGAAAUUAUUUAAAUAUUAUUUUUAAGCACAGUUUUUAUGGUGAUUGUUGUCCAGGGCGAAGUGAGAGAGCGCGAGCGUGGCCAAUGUCAGGUGUAUUUUUGUCUCUUCACUGGAUGUACCUUUCCUGAUCGGGGACACAGCCCAAUAAAUCCAUCAUCUCCCAG